AUUCAUCGCCGCUGACGUUUUAAAAAUUUUUUGACAAUUUCUAACCUAACACGUGUCGCGUUUGACGUGAACGACAGUAGUGUUAAUGAUUUAAUAUUGCAUCAUCUCGCAUUAUCGUAAAAAUUAUUUAUUAAAAUGGUAUUAGAUUUGGAUCUCUUCCGCACCGACAAAGGCGGAAAUCCGGAUAAAAUUCGCGAAAACCAGAAGAAACGUUUUAAAGAUGUGGCUUUGGUCGACCAAGUUGUGGAAGCCGAUAGCACAUGGAGGCAACUACGACAUAAAGCCGAUAACUUAAAUAAAUUCAAAAAUGUGUGUAGCAAGGAAAUCGGCGACAAAAUGAAAAAGAAGGAGCCUCAGGGUGACGCCAAUGAAGCCGUUCCUGAAAAUGUAGUUUCCCAGUUAGAAAAUCUUACCAGUGAAAUGCUCAAACCCCUCACUGUGAAUCAGAUAAAAAAAGUUCGUGUUUUGAUUGAUGAAGCAAUUGCAAAAAAUGACUCUGAGUUGGUUCGUACUGAGAAGGAGCGAAGCGCAGCUUUAAAAGAAAUUGGAAAUUUGCUCCAUGAUUCUGCAGUCAUCAGUGAUGAUGAAGAUUUGAAUAAAGUGGAGCGGACGUUUGGAGAUUGCGAAAUCAGGAAAAAGUAUUCCCAUGUAGAUGUGAUACAUAUGAUUGACGGUGUUGACACUGAAAGAGGAUCUAUGGUUUCUGGAGGAAGGGGGUAUUUUUUGACCGGGCCUGCGUUGUUCCUUGAACAUGCUUUAAUUCAACUGGCUUUAAGGAUGUUGCACAAAAAAGGAUACAAGCCUUUGUACACACCAUUUUUUAUGAGGAAAGAGAUUAUGCAGGAAGUAGCCCAGUUAUCUCAAUUCGAUGAAGAACUUUAUAAAGUUGUGGGUAAAGGUAGUGAAAAAGCCGAAGAAAAAGAGAUGGAAGAAAAGUACUUAAUCGCAACUUCCGAACAACCAAUCGCUGCAUUCCACAGAGAUGAAUGGCUCUCUGAAAACUCCCUCCCCAUCAAAUACGCUGGCCUUUCCACGUGUUUCCGCCAAGAAGUGGGUUCUCAUGGUCGUGACACUCGUGGUAUUUUCCGUGUCCAUCAGUUCGAAAAAGUAGAACAAUUUGUAUUAACUUCCCCCUUUGACAACAAAUCCUGGGAAAUGAUGGACGAGAUGAUCAACAAUGCUGAAGAGUUUUGUCAAGCUCUAGGAAUUCCAUACAGGAUAGUUAAUAUCGUGUCUGGUGCCUUGAACAACGCAGCUGCGAAGAAACUCGACUUAGAGGCGUGGUUUCCCGCUUCUGGCGCUUUCCGGGAGUUGGUGUCUUGCAGCAACUGCUUGGACUAUCAAGCAAGAAGGUUAUUGGUGAGGUAUGGACAAACGAAAAAGAUGAAUGCUGCCACUGAUUACGUUCACAUGUUGAACGCGACGAUGUGUGCCACUACGAGAGUUAUCUGCGCAAUUUUGGAAGUACAUCAAACGGAAACUGGUGUUAAGGUGCCUCAGAUUCUCAAGGAGUUUCUGCCAGAGGAUUAUCGAGAUGAAAUUCCGUUUGUCAAGCCCGCGCCCAUCGACUUGGAACAAACCAAUAAGAAGAGUAAAAAGCAGAAAGAGGGAGGGGCGAAAAAGCAAGGCGGAGGAGAAGAAUAAGCAAGAAUAUCGGCAUUUGCUUUAAUUAUUUAAAUAACUAGGAAUAAAAAUGCUUUUAUUUAUAAAAUUUCCUCGUAUGCAUCAUUUUAGAGUACUGGGAAUAAUGCGAAUGUUUGGCUCAACAGGAAUGUAUUACAAUAGUCAGGUUAAUUAAUACUUUGGAUAAUAAUAUUUAUAUUUCUAAGUUGCUGAGUUCUUUGUCGGCAUAAGUGAUAUCCUUUAAGCGCGUCAUCUUUUUAUAUUCUUUGUAUUUUUCUUGUACUUCAAUAAAAUGUUGCAACAAUUUGUCAAA